AGAAAAUAUGUGGCCAGUCUUUCUCUCUUGUUAUCUUUUCUUCUUCACCAUAACUACAAGUUAUAGUUUCUCUUACAAGGAUAACUUCUUUAUUUUUGUUUCAAGAAAGUAUGGAUAGUGAAUCUUGUAAACCUCACAUAUUUUUCUUCCCCUUCAUGGCUCAUGGCCAUAUGAUACCAGCAGUGGACAUGGCCAAACUAUUUGCUUCACGAGGCUUAAAGGCAACCAUAGUCACCACUCCUCUCAAUGAGCCUCUCAUCUCCAAACCAAUCCAAAGAUUCCAAAAUUUGGGUCUUGAAAUUGACAUCAAAAUACUCAAGUUUCCGACCAUUGAAGAUGGAUUACCAGAAGGAUGUGAAAAUCUAGACUUUAUCACUUCACAAAAUAUGGGGUGGGAUAUGUUGACUAAAUUUUUCACAGCGACAGCACUGUUUCGAGAGCCCCUUGAGCAGCUCCUGAGCGAUUGCCGUCCUGAAUGCCUUGUUGCCGACAUGUUCUUCCCUUGGGCUACUGAUGCUGCUGCCAAAUUUGGGAUUCCAAGGCUUGUGUUUCAUGGCACUAGUUUCUUUGCUUUAUGUACUACAAUGUGUAUUGCACUGUAUCAACCACAUAAGACAGUUGCAUGAGAUUCAGAACUGUUUCUUGUGCCUAAUCUUCCUGGAGAUAUAAAGCUCUCGCAAAAGCAAUUGCCAAUUUUUGCAAACGAAGAUGCUGAAGAUUACUUCACAAAGAUAAUGAAAGCAUCCAGAGAAUCAGAGGUAAAAAGCUACGGGGUGGUCGUCAACAGUUUCUAUGAGCUCGAGCCAACUUACGCUGAUUAUUACAGAAAGGUUCUGGGAAGGAGAGCAUGGCAUGUAGGUCCAGUUUCACUAUGCAACAGAGAAACUGAAGAGAAAGCAUGUCGAGGAAAAGAAGCCUCCAUUGGGCUGGAAUUUAUUUGGGUUGUUAGGAGAAACAAAAGUAGUGAAGAAGAAGACAAGGAAGAUUGGUUACCUGAAGGAUUUGGGGAGAGAAUUGGAGAAAGGGGACUAAUCAUAAGAGGUUGGGCACCACAAUUGCUGAUUCUUGAUCAUGAAGCAGUAGGAGGAUUUGUGACUCACUGUGGAUGGAAUUCGAUUCUUGAAGGAAUAACAUCUGGGGUUCCGAUGGUCACAUGGCCUGCAGCGGCUGAGCAAUUCUAUAAUGAAAAGUUAGUGACACAGAUACUAAAAAUUGGCAUAGGUGUUGGUGCUCAGCAAUGGAAUAUGUAUGGACAUGGCAUUAUGAGUGAAUCUAUAGAAAAGGCAGUAACUCAAAUUAUGAAAGGUUCAGAAGCAGAAGAAAUGAGGAGAAAAGCGAAGGCACUUGCAAAGAUGGCAAGGAUGGCUGUCGAAGAAGGUGGAUCCUCCUGCUCUCAUCUUAAUGCUUUGACUGAGGAACUGAUAUUCAAUCUUCAUUAAACAAAUUAUAUUGGUGAGCAUUAUCCAGCCAAAACCGAUGAAAUAAGAUUAAUACUGUUCUUAGCUAGUUAUCAUCAAUUGGGUGUAUAUGAAUGAUUUUAAACCAAAUUUUUUUUGGAUUUAUUAGGAUUUUCCUCAUCAAUUUUAUGGUCCAUAAAAGAUUAAUCUCUUCAGAUUCGUAGGUACCCUUCUCAACAAUAUUUUUUCUAAGUUUUGAAUCUGAGUUAGUCCAUUGAAAGCACAAUGGGCCUUAUUGCUGCACCCAACACAUGUUGAUAUUUUGAAUGGGCUUACAUGUGAGUGAGUUAAGUAAUGUUUUACAUGAUUGAAUAUCAUUAUUAUGAUUUAUAAUUUUAGAAAGUUUUGAAUUAAGGCUAUGUUUGACACAAUAUAAUUAAAGAUGCAAUAUAAUCGUGAUUACAUUA